UGGCAGAAGGGAACACAUGCGAUCGGCAGUCUAUGCUUCGGUAAAGUGGUCCGCGACCGAUUAACUCUAGAAGCGACGGUUCAGGAAUUUGGAUCCCCCCCCCUACCACCACCUCCUUCUCCUCUUAUGUAUAUAUACCACAAAUCCCUGAUGUAGCUGAGGUAGUUUGCCUCGGGCUUGGGAGUAUAAAUCAGCCUUCUUAAGUGAGCGGCAGCCUCGCCAUUCGCCCGAUGGGUCAGAGUUAAAUCGCGGGGUGGACUUCGACUCUACGGACGGGACGGACCGGCAGCUCACACGUCAGUCAGCGCGGCGCAGUGCAGUGUUGCCCCGAGUGAACCGGCCAGGCUCCUGGCGGGCAGACUGGCCCCACGUUUGUCGGGUACUGGGAUUACCUAGGAGCCCUCGAACGGACUGUUCUGGCAGUAAUGGCCGGGGUAUUUGACAUCGACUUGGAGACGGAAGAACUGAGCGACACAGACGAGGUGGACCUGAACGGGGAGGAAGUCUGUGACUUCUCAGGGCUGGAGUCCAAUUUAGAUGGACCAUGUGAGGAGAUCGAGAUCUCGUCGGAUAAUGUGAACCAGGGUCCAGAGCGGGUGGGCGCUGAGUGCUUCGAGCUCCUGCGCGUAUUGGGAAAGGGUGGCUAUGGGAAGGUAUUUCAGGUAAGGAAGGUGCAGGGGAUGCACUCUGGCAAGAUCUUCGCCAUGAAAGUCCUCCGAAAGGCCAAGAUCGUCUGCAAUGCAAAGGACACUGCCCACACCAAGGCAGAACGCAACAUCUUGGAAGCUGUGAAGCACCCAUUCAUCGUAGACCUAAUGUAUGCCUUCCAGACCGGUGGGAAGCUGUAUCUUAUUCUGGAGUGCCUUAGUGGAGGAGAACUGUUCAUGCAGCUGGAAAGAGAAGGAAUCUUCAUGGAAGACAUGGCCAGUUUCUACCUUGGAGAAAUCACUCUGGCCUUGGGACAUUUGCAUUCAAAUGGGAUAAUCUAUCGGGACCUGAAGCCUGAGAAUAUUAUGCUGAACCAGUAUGGUCACAUUAAGCUAACAGACUUCGGACUUUGUAAGGAGUCGAUUCAUGAUGGCGCAGUCACUCAUACAUUCUGCGGGACCAUUGAGUACAUGGCUCCAGAGAUCUUGACGCGGAGUGGUCACAAUCGUGCUGUUGACUGGUGGAGCCUAGGGGCCCUCAUGUAUGACAUGUUGACCGGCUCGCCCCCAUUUACAGCAGAGAACAGGAAGAAGACCAUCGACAAGAUCCUCAAGUGUAAGCUGAUUCUGCCUCCAUAUCUGACUCAGGAUGCCAGGGACCUGUUGAAAAAGCUGCUUAAGAAAAGCCCAUCCCAGAGACUCGGCUCAGGACCAGGGGACUGUCUUGAUAUACAGAAACACCCAUUCUUCCGGCACACCAAUUGGGAGGAUCUGUUAGCGCGGAAAGUGGAGCCUCCAUAUAAACCAUGCCUGCAAUCUGAUGAAGAUGUCAGCCAAUUUGACACGCGGUUUACCCGGCAGACACCGGUGGACAGUCCAGACGAUUCGGCCCUCAGUGAGAGUGCUGACCAGGUGUUUGUGGGUUUCACCUACGUUGCUCCUUCAGUUUUGGAGAGCCUAAAGGAAGGUUUUUCUUUUGAGCCCAAGCUUCGCUCCCCUCGUCGACUCAACAGCAGCCCCCGCACCCCAAUCAGCCCGGUGAAGUUCACCCUGAAUGAACCUUUCAAAGUCAGCGCUGAACCCGUGGAGAAGAUGGACACCAGUGCCUCACAGCCUAUCCGAACACCCGGCCGAUCGAAAAAGAAGGGUGGCAAGGGUGGCAAAUAAGUGGGAGGAGACUCAGAUCACCUGAAUGUACUUCUAGGACUGUGCAGUGGAGGAGGGUGGACACCACUUAAACCUCUGUCCUCUCCCCAAUAACGUCUCCUCCCUCCUCCAGUGCCAAGUGGCAGACGUUUCUGCACAAAUAAAUGUAACAUUGAAGCCUUCCUUACCCAUCUGC